GCCCACAUUACCUGCAUAUGUCCUAGGGAGAGAAAAAUACCAAUAAAUGAACUGGUUUAUAUAAAAGCCCAACGAGAAAAGAUUGGAUCUUUAAGUUUAUAUUAACUUGGGCCUGCUGAUUUGAUGGAGUCCAAAAAGUUCAAAAAAGUACAAAGUUGCAAACGAAGAAGAGAAGAAGAAAAACAAAUGAGAGAAAAAAAACACACUAAUCAAAAAGAAAAUAAUACGCAAUAUGAACAAGAUAACAAACAUGAAAAUUAUGAAGAGAAAUCUAAUGAAAAUGAGAUUUUUUCUUUUCAAAAGCCUUGUACAAAAUAUUUAAAAAAAUCUAGAAAUUGUGAAGAUAUCUCUAAUAUUGCAUUGGCCAGUAUUCGAUAUGGUGUUGGUUUAAGAGCAACUGCAGCCAUAGCUACUGCAGCAUGGGUAGAUGGAGGACUUGUAUCCCAAAGUGACACUAGAUUAAUAAUAGAUCACAGUAAAGUUCGGAGAGCUAGGGAUAAAGUCAUGAAUGAAGUUGCUGUUCAGUUUGAUGAUUGA